AACAGGAACAAGGCAAGGACAACAGGGAUACAGCGGGAGGUGCAGGGGAGGAAGCAGCGCAUGAACAAGGGCACUGCAAGCGGCAGCAGUGGAGAUGCUUCCCUUGCCCACGUAUACGUUGUCUGAGCGCAUCAGGGAUGCACAGCGACAAGGCAAGACGCGCGUCGCCGUGCUGAUGCUCUCUGGCGCACUCAACCCUGUAAGGAUGGAUAGACCGAUGAAGACAGGUAGAUCCAGUCAACCGCUGACAGUGUGUCUGUGGGUCGCUGUGUUCAGGUACACAAUGGCCAUUUGGAGGCCAUGGAGGUGUGUCGCGCCGCCAUUGAGACGUUCUUCGGUGUGGCUGUCGUUCAAGGUUGGUCUGACUUCUUCUGACACACAGACACGCCAGACACACAGACACAAUGCUGCAUGGACUGAUGUGUAGGUUAUGUUAUACCGUCCUCCGAGCGGUAUGUCGACGGCAAGCAGGCCAAGAAAGGGCAGCCCUCGCUGAGCCUCGCCGACCGCGUCACGCUGUGCGAGUUGCCUGCCAGGCACACCGGCCACCCCACAGGGAUGGGGGCUGGUCGCCCUGGCUGUCGGUCUGCUCAUGGGGUUGGCACUGCAGCUGGGCACUGGCCGAGUGAGCGAUUGAAUGAUGGGGUGUGUAGGGAAUGGUUCUUCGAAUGAGCGUGUGUCUGGCUGGUUCGUUCAGGGAGCUUGCUAGCACCAUCCCUCAGCGCAUUGAUAUGAGGGGCAUCCAGCUCGGUCCGUGUGUACUCACAAGCGGAAGCGGAUCAGCUGAAUGUGUGGCCUUGUCGUGUCGUGUUUGUUCAGAGGUGUGGGAGGUGGCCGGUGCGGACUUCGCUCUCCGUCGCAAGCUGUGGCGCCCACCACAUUCACUCGACGAGCAGAGACACCGGCGUAUCAUCUGUUUGGAGCGGCAGCCAGCCACCGACACCAUCAGACACGAGAUUGUCCGACACACCCACCACCUGCCCCUCACUGCCACCGUGCGACAGCAGCACGUGACCGCACACAUCGUGCCCUUCAGCUGCCAUGGCAACAUGCUUGUUGUCGGCGGCAUGUUUGUGCUGUUGACCGGGGCGGGGACGCUGAUGCGGCUGAGCGACGCCAGCAGCACACGUGUGCGGAAGGAGCUCGGGCGUGACGGUGGGCGUGAGAUGGUGCGUGCCGGGUGGAUGAGCAGAGAGGUGGUCGAGGCCAUGCAGGGCAUGCACUGGAGGCAGGAAGGAAGCUAUGGUCGGCACAGACGCAGGUCGGGGGCCUAGCUGGCAAGACGUAUAUACACAUAUGAGGAGGGGGGCGUGUGGGAGGCAGUUGAGUGCCUGUCUGCUCUCCAACUGUCUCUCUCACCCACAAAUGCGCGAGAAUGGCCGAAAGUGAAGACACAUAAGGGCAGAUAGACGAAUGCAAUCAUGGCACUGAUUCCAUGUGUCUGAUGAGGCUACUUUGAAUCCGUGCGCGCGUGCGUGCGUGCUGGAUAGCGGGUCUUUUCGUGAUUAGCAACGCAUCAAUAGACGAAGGGCAAAUUACAUAUGCAAAAAGUCUGUGUAUA